AUGCCACAUGCCACACUAACCCGCGAGGCGGUUGCCUCGCAUAACACCCCCGAUGACCUGUGGUGCAUCAUCGACCACAAAGUCUACGACCUGAGCGACUUCGUCGACGCACAUCCCGGUGGCUCCGUCGUCCUCGAGCAAGUCGCCGGCACCGACGCCACCGCUGCCUUCUACAACCUCCACCGGCAGGAAGUCCUCUCCAAGUACGCCGACCUCUGCAUCGGCACGCUCGACGGCGAGAAACCCGAAGUCAUCGACCCCCAGCCCGGCGACUUGUCCCCUGUGCCCUACGCCGAGCCACUAUGGCUGCGACCGCAGUUCAAGAGCCCGUACUUCAAGGAGAGCCACCACAAGCUGCGGAGGAAGGUGAGGGAGUUUGUCGACCAGUAUGUCACGCCUGAGGCGCAGGAAAAGGAAAAGGACGGAAGUUAUAUCAGCCAGGAGCUUAUUGACCGGAUGGCGGCAAGCGACAUGCUCGCGAUGCGUCUAGGUCCUGGAAAACACCUGCGGGGAAAGAACUUGCUCGGCGUGGUCAAGGGCGAGGAAUUCGACUACCUGCACGACCUUGUGCAGGCGCAGGAGUUUGUGCGGGCCAACGCGAGAGGGUUCCAGGACGGAAACAUGGCGGGCAUGAUGAUCAGCUUGACGGCGGUGCUGCAGUGGAUGCCUGAGACGCCGUUCAAGCAGAAGAUUGUCGAGGAGGUGCUCGCGGGAAAGAAGAAGAUUUGUCUGGCGAUUACGGAGGCGUUUGCGGGGAGCGAUGUUGCGGGGCUGCGGACGACGGCGACGAAGAGCAAGGAUGGGAAGAGCUACUUGGUCAGGGGCACGAAGAAGUGGAUCACGAACGGCAUGUGGUGUGACUACUUUGUGGUUGGGUGCAAGACGGAGAAGGGCUUCUCGGUCCUGUUGAUCGAGCGCAGCGACGCGGUGGAGACGAAGUUGAUCAAGACGAGUUAUUCGACUGCUGCGGGAACCGCAUUCGUCGAGUUCAACGACGCCGUGGUUCCAGCGGAGAACCUGCUCGGCGAAGAGGACAAGGGUUUCGUAGUCAUCAUGAGCAACUUCAACCACGAGCGCUUCAUGAUGGCCUGCGCCGUGAUCCGGCAGUCUCGCAGCGUCGUCGAGGAGUGCCUCAAGUGGUGCAACCAGCGCAUCGUCUUCGGCAAGAAGCUCAUUGAGCAGCCCGCCAUCCGGCAGAAGCUCGCCAAGAUGAUCUCGCACGUCGAGUCCAACCAGUCGUGGCUGGAAUCCAUCGCGUACCAGAUGUCGCACAUGAGCUAUGCGCAGCAGUCGAAGCACCUGGGCGGGCCGAUCGGCCUGCUCAAGAGCCAUGCUACGAGGUCCGCGCACGAGAUUGCGGACGAGGCCGUGAACAUCUUCGGCGGAAGGGGGCUCACGCAGAGCGGGAUGGGCAGGGUGGUGGAGAUGUUCCAUCGCACAUACAAGUUUGAUGCCAUCUUGGGUGGGACGGAGGAGAUUCUGGCGGAUCUGGGUGUCCGGCAGGCAAUGAAGGGGUUCCCGAAGGCGAUGUUGUAG